GUCAUCCUGGACGCCUACACCGACCUGUUGAAGGGGACGGCGAAGCUGGUCAGGGACCAUCACGGCUCGGCCGUCACGGACGCUGUCAUCGAACAGGAGGCGGAUGAGGUCAUCGCCUUCGAGGUCGCCCUCGCCGAGAUCGUCGUGCCGGACGUGGACAGGCUGAACACCACGGCCCUCUACGACAAGCUGAGCGUGGCGGACCUCCAGGCGGUGGCGGACGGGGGCGCCCCGGGGGUGAUCUCUUGGACGGAUUUCCUGAACUCCGUGUUCUCAAGCGUGGGGGUGACCUGGGACGGCAGCGACGAGGUCAUCUGUUUCGCCACGAACUUCAUGGACGACCUCACCGCCCUCCUCAACCGGACUCCAACGAGGACAAUC